AUGGCUGUCAAGACCUUUUAUCUUUCAGGCGAAGGCGAAAAGUCAGGUGUGGAUGUCGACAUCUCGAAUGUUGCAGAUUUGGAUGCUCGCAAGCAAUUCCUCGGUGAAAGCAUGGGCGUCGUACCGCCAGAGGGUAGCCCAGAACAGUUGCUCUUGACAGAAAUCCGCUGGCUGAAUGUGACCAGACGGGCAUUCGAUUCGGGACGUGCCAGGUCCACAAGGCUUGCCCUUCGUUGGGCAACUACUUCGAAGUGUUUCCCCGACCACUUAGGCAACAAUCAGCGGCUGAUCGAGAAAUACGGGCCCAUUUUUCAGACCAACUUCAUGGGAGCCACCAACUGUUAUACCAAUGACCCCCAGCUUGCCCUGAUCUGUUUCAGUGAAACGCAUUUCUUCUCGAAGCAGAUCAUCCCCGGCCAUCCCCUUUUCCCAAUCAAGCAGAACAAGGCCGGCGUGUUCAUUGGAGAUACGAACGAUCCUUCGUGGAAGGUGGUGCACAAGUUCAUGCCGCCCGCUCUAGGGCCCAAAGCCGUUCGUCAUUACGCGCCGACAAUGAACAACUGCGUGGACGAAGCCUGGCCGGUCUUCGAUGAGCUAGAGAAGCGCGGCAAGGCUUGGAACGUGUACCAAUACAUGCUCAAGCUAAGCUCCAGUACAGUUGGCAAGAUCAUGCUAGGUAAGGAUCUGAACCACUUCAGCAGUGUGGACGCACCCCUGCACCGGCUCGGGUUAGUCAUGGCCGAGUCUCUUGCGAUUAACAAAAGGAUUGCUAGCCAUGGACAGUGGUAUGCACAUUUACCCUUCGGCGAUCCGGUGCGCCUCAGGGACCUCAAGCACUUCUUGGCUGCACAGAUUGAAGAACUUGAAGCUAUUCGCGACGCCAAGUCAAACGGAGCUGAGAACCUACCGCUUCACGACGCUGCUCUGAAGGCUGCCAAUGUCAUAGGUCGAUACUCCUCUUCUCAAGACGCACAGCGCACUCAACGCAGGCCAGAUUAUCUCGUACGCGCCACCGACAGCAGAGGCGAACAGCUGCCGAAGGAGAACCUGGUGUCUGCGGUAACAGUGGCUACUGGCGCGGGCUUCACCACGACAUCCUCACUGCUCUCCUGGUGCAUCUACGGUCUGGUCACGUACUCCGGCAUCCCGGCCCAGCUCCUGCAGGGGCUGGUCGACCAUGGCAUCAACCCCAACACCGACUCCAUCAGUGCCGAGCAGGUUGAAGACCUUCUUGUGCUCGAUAAAUUCGUCAAGGAACGCAACGGCGCCACAACCCAUCAUAUCAGCCCGGCCGCACCGCACAGCGGGAUAUGA